UGCAAUCAUUAAAAAAAAAUUCUCCAUUUAUGUCUCUCCACCAUCCAUAUUCUCCUGACAUUCUUCACUAUUUCCCUCUCUAGAACUUUCGCCCUUUCAUUAAAUUUUCAAAAAUUUUCUUAAAUAAAACAAAAAGGAGUAAAAAAAUAUUUACAAAUAGAAUCUGUCAACCCCUUGUCUUACGCUGACUCUUAUCCUUCCUUAAAUUUAAAAUCAUCAAAAUCCAAUUACCCAAAAAUAGGAAAAUUAGAAGAAAAAAAAAGAUAGCCCAAACAGUAAAACCGGGAAUUUUACCGGGAAACCGCUUUCUUUUGGCCUGUAAACCACGUUUUCUGCCUCCUCCGCCCAAUAAUACGAAACCCUUUAGUUUGUUUUAAACCGUUUCUUAGUUUUUUGGGUAAUUUGGUUGACAAUUUUGGCAUUUUAUGAAGUUUUUUUGAUCUGGGGUUUUUGAGAAUAAUUCUAGAGGGAGCAAAGGUGGUGGUAGUUGUUGUGGUGGUGGUGGUUGUUGUGGUGGUGGAUGCUAACGUGAGCCGGGGGAGCGUACGGUAAUGGUGGAGGGAAGAGGGGAUGAUACGCUAAGGUGGGGUACAUGGGAAGAGUUGAUCUUAGGUGGGGCCGUUCUAAGGCAUGGGUCUCAGAAUUGGGAUGCUGUUGCUUCGGAGCUCCAAACCCGUACCCUUUACCCUUACCUUUUCACCCCUCAGGUGUGCAAAGCCAAGUAUAAGGUACUGCAAGAGUGCAAUUCUGACUGCUCUGCUUGGCUGGAAGAGUUGCGGAAAAAGCGUGUAACUGAAUUACGUAGAGAAUUGGAGAAAUCAGAGGAAUCAAUUGGUUCUUUGGAGACGAAACUUGAAACCCUGAAAUCUGAGAAAGCAGUCUGCAGUUAUGCUGGUCAUGGUUGUAGUGCAGCUGAAUCUUUGGAACCAUUGUUCAAAUCCGGAGAAAAUGGAUGUGCUGGAAAAGAGGUAUCCCAGGAUGGGUCAUCUGCUGGUAGUUUCACUCAAGAAAUCCAGACAAUUUGGUUACCACAAUACCAAGCUGCUGUUACUACUGAAGCAGCAGUGGAAGAGAGUGACAGAAAGCCUGUAGUUUUGAAUCCUUCUAUUAGACUAGAGAAGUUUCCGAGUUUAGAAAAGUUAGCUGAAACCAUGCUCUCGGAACAUGGGGUGAAUAUCAGGAAGAGAAGAGGGAAGAGGCGAAGAAAGGAGUUGAACAAGGACGGAAAGGAAGGUAGUGUAGGAGAGAAUAACUUGAAGUGUUUACCUGAUUCCACGACAACCACUUCACAAGCUAAGGAAAACCUGACAAGUGGCUAUGUCCCGCCUGUUAUAUCUCCUGAUGCAAAGGAGUUGAACAAGGAAGUAAAGGAAGGUAGUGUAGGAGAGAAUAACUCGAGGUGUUUACCUGAUUCUAUGACAACCACUUCACAAGUUAAGGAAAACGUGACAAGUGGCUAUGUCCAGCCUGCUAUAUCUCCUGAUGCAAAUGAUCAGAUUCCAUGCACGAGUCAGCAGGAUACGGGUGAUUUUGUAAAAAUCUUAGAUUCUAUAAUGGAGAAUGAACAUGCUUCUGUGUUCAGGCGUCGGCUGGAUAGCCAGAAGAGAGCUAGAUAUAAGAGGAUAAUACGGCAGCAUAUGGAUCUCGACACAAUAAGAUCAAGAAUCGCCAACAAUUGCAUCACUUCGACAGUUGAACUCCUGCGAGACUUGUUGCUUCUUGCCAACAACGCGCUGGUUUUCUACUCCAAGUGUACAAGAGAAUACAAAUGUGGAUUAGUAUUUAGAGACCUUGUUACUAAGAUUUUACAUCAACAUUACAAAGAGAAUGGCACCAUUACAAAGAGAGACCUUAUUACUAAGGUUUUACAUCAACAUUACAAAGAGGUUGGUGCUGCAGAAACCCCGAAAUCACCAAUGCGCAAACCACCAGCAAAACCAAGAAGUGUUCGGCCCUUCAACUGUAAGGUAUCCAAGAAAGCAGAAAAUAAUGGUCAGGGUAGUUCUAUUACUGUUGCAGGCAAGGAGUCUGUUCAAGCUCCGAGGAUUUUGAGUUCACCAUGCUCGGCAGAAUCAACUGUUUUAACAAAGAAAACUCAGGGUAAACGAGGGAAAGGCGGGCGUGUUAGACGGGGUAAUGCUGGUAUACAAGCAGAAACUCCCAUGAAGGUGAGAAAGAGAGCUAAAGUCAAGUAGAAGGCCCAAAACUUUGUAGGAACAUAGGUUAUUUUUCUCCCCUCUCCUCUGCUCUGUUAAUUCUAACCUUAGCUCCACUUUUGUAUCGAAAGAUCUCUCCUUUUGUAGUUGAAACAACUAACAAAUUGAAAGAUGUACAGCCUUAUGAGAGCAACAGUUGUGUUUUUCAUGGCAGAUAUCAGAAUCCCUGCAUCACUUACAGGCAAAACAGUGAUGGAGUACUCUGUAUAUCAAAGAAUUACAAAGGAAACUAACACAUGUUGCGGUAUUGUUUGGUUGGCCAUAGGAAAUUAAGAAGUAAAAGUUCCUAUGAAGAAGAUUUUUCGAUGUAUUGACAUUUCGUAGGAAGUACAAAAUGUUGUUUGGUUGAAUAUGCGAAUUAACUUUCCGAGGGAAGUUUCACUUACCUACGUAAGCAACUUUCUCCGUAUUGACGUAGAUUUUGGAAUGUCCAUGGGGCGGGUUUUAUGUGAGACCCUUCCUAGAUCGGACCCAAGUAGACGAGGAUGGCGAAAUGUUUGGCGGGUGAUAGGGCUAAAAAUUGUACCCGCCACGUGCGAUGGGGUGGGUGUAGAUUUUGUGUUGGACUCGUCUCAUCCCAUGUCUCGCCCUAUUAUAUAUGUUAAUUUUUAGUUGUAACUUUUUUUAAAA